AAACGAAGCGUACGUUUAUCGGACUACUUAGUGGCUCAGUCUACCAACGCCCAUCCAACUGACGCGACGUUAUGACUACCGAGUCAAAAGUACCCCGAUACGUGCAGGAUGGCAUCAAGAAGGCCGCUAGUAGUCUUCAGUUCAGUAGCAAUUUCACCGUGGACUACGACUUCCGCACCGGUAGCUACAGUUCCGGAUGUGUUUCCGUAGUCUACCAGAUCACCCUGCGGGAGGAACCCCGCGAGGUGCCGCUCCUUUGUAAGGUUCCACCGCCGGACGCAGACGAAGCGCUGUUGGCGCUGUUCGAGCGGGAGGUGUUCGCCUACCAACGCCUACUCCCCACGUUUGUCCAGUUUCAGCAGGAGCAUGACAUACUGCCAGGGACGGAGGAGUUUAUCUACGCACCGGCUUGUCACUAUGGCUACUUUGAUGCGAAGCGACGCGAAGGUUUGCUCAUUUUGGAAGAUGUUGGAAGGCGAAUGUUCGGCAAUAAGAAAAAGUACGAACCGAUCGAUUACGAUCACGGGCGGUUGGCCAUGAUCCAGCUAGGCAGGUUUCACGCGGUGUCGAUGGCCCUGAAGGAACAACACCCGGAACUGUUUGAAGUUUUCCAACAACUGGACGAUGCAGCAAAGAAUCGAGUUAUGUCGAUGGAUGGGUUCAAGGAGACGAUGGAACUGUCGUUCGACCAGGCGAUCGACACGUUGAGUGUUCAUGAGGUGUCCAAGAAGGAUAAGCUGAAUAGGCUGAAGUUGAGCUUUGUGGAGGAGCUGAACAUGGUGGCGGAUAGUGAGCUGACGGAACCGUUCUGCGUGGUGUGCCACGGGGACUACAGUUCGAGUAAUGUGAUGUAUAGAUAUAAUGGUGGUUUCCCGAACCGACUGGUCAUGCUCGACUGGCAGCUGGCCAAGUAUGGAUCACCCGCGCUGGAUUUUUUGCACUUUAUGUUCCUGAGCACGGACGAGUCGUUUCGACGUAAUCACUACGACAAUAUGCUUCAAACGUAUCACAACGCCCUGAUGGAUCACCUGGAGCGUCUGGGAGGGGAGAAUGCUACGGAGCGGUUUCCUCUGACUAGCUUGAUGAGAUUGAUCAAGACUCAGGCGAAAUAUGCGAUAACGCUGGCAGUGCUGCAUAUUCCCAUGACAAUUUUCAAGGCCACCGAAGAAGCUGGUCAGGAAGAAGGGAACGACAAGGAGAAUGGUAAUAGGACUAGCGAAACCACUGACGUCAAGUACCAUGCCCGAAUGAACGGGUUUCUUAAGGAUGUGUUUAGGUUAGGUUAUUUGUAAUAAGUUUGGAUUUGUAAACAGCAGAGGCAAGAAUUAGAAG